GCAAAUUUCUUACCGAGAGAAACCCCAAAAGAUGGAAACAGAAAUGAAAGAGAAAAUCGAAGAGACGGUACGAAAAAUCCUGGAACGUUCAGACAUGAGUGAAACGACAGAAUACCAGAUUCGAAAACAAGCCUCCGAGAAGAUGGGGUUGGACCUUUCUCAACCAGAGUACAAGGCUUUUGUUAGAAACGUGGUGAACUCCUUCCUUGAAGAACAAGAAGAAAAGUCAAGAAAAGACCAAGACCAAGACCAUGAAGAAGAAGAACAAGAAGCUAAGAAUUUGGACGAGGAGUACGAUGAUGAGGGUAAUCUCAUUGUUUGCAAGCUAUCUGAUAAGAGGAGGGUAACGAUUCAAGAUUUCAGAGGGAAGACUUUGGUUUCGAUAAGGGAGUAUUAUAAGAAAGAUGGCAAAGAACUUCCUACUGCUAAAGGGAUGUCCUUGACUGAGGAACAAUGGUCGGUCUUCAAGAAGAAUGUACCUGCUAUAGAGAAAGCUGUCAAGAAGAUGGAAUCAAGGAUCAUGUGAGAGAGAUCAUCCGGGAAUCAGUAUUCCGAAUGUCCCUUUUGAAUAUGUACUUUCAAAGCUCCAUUAACCCUGGGUUGUAAUUAAGUAGUAUGGCACUACUCGGGGUUCCUUAUGAAUCUUUUUGCGACUGGAGAUCGUUUUUAUCACCACUCAUCGUUGGGUGGCAGAUCAUCGCCUGUUAGAACUGAUAUGGAUUCUGAUCAGUGCAAGCAUGUAUUAAGACUUACAAUUUGCUAUGUGAUUUAUGUUAACAGC